AUGGAUUGCGUCACAAAAAAUGGUCCUCUGUCACAAACUCUGAGGAACGAUAGGUUUCGUAUCGUACCUCAGAGUUUGUCACAGAGGUUUAGGUACUUUUACACGAGUGUUGUCAUAUUGGGUGCACUUUUAAUAGGCUCUAUUGUACUUACUGGUUAUAUUUCAUAUAUUUACGAAUAUAUUCCGACGUUUGAUGAACAAUAUAGACUCUCUAGUGUUUUGUACUAUCCCCCAUGGAUCAGAAUAGGACCAUAUAUUAUUGGCAUAAUUACAGGUUACAUUGUAAGAAGAUUAAAUAAAAAAUUGGUCUUGAAAAAAAAAACUGUAAUUUUAUGUUGGUGUCUUGGUACCGCGUGUAUUAUUUUCGUAUUAUUAGGCUUUUAUAAACGAAACGUAUCUAUUCUGUAUGCUGCUGUCUAUGUUGCAUUAAGUAGAACACUUUGGGCCAUCGGUAUAGCAUGGAUUGUAAUAGCGUGUUUUACUAAGCAUGGUGGUAUUGUUAAUCAGUUAUUAUCGUCGAAAGUCUUUAUCCCUUUUAGCAAACUUACUUAUUGUGCUUAUCUUGUAAAUCCCUUCGUCAUACAAUCGAUUCGUUUCUCUAGUGAAACAACCGUUCAUUUGGAACUACUGCCUCUGAUUCCUAUGUUUAUAGGAUACUUAAUGAUUAGUUACGUUUGCGCUUACGCAUUGUCAUUAAUGGCAGAAGUACCGUAUAUCUCACUAAUGCGAAUGUUCCGUCAAUCUCGCAAGAACAGAAGAUAUACAUAUCGCCAUAGAUCGUAAUUUUGCAU